AUGCUCAGUUGCUGCUCCAUUGCACGACUGUACGGUUUAGUGUUGUUCGUACUAACAUCUGGUGGCAUUUUGAACAGAUAUUUUCCUUGAUUUCAUACGACUGUAAAUAUAUAGAAGUUCUCUGUUAUUACUUUCGCAGUUUGUAUUGAUUUUGAAAAGUGAACACAAAAAUGUCUGAACCAAUCCGCGUCGUUGUUACCGGUGCUGCCGGGCAGAUUGCCUACUCCCUGCUGUACAUGAUUGCCAAGGGAGAUGUCUUCGGACCGAACCAGCAGCUGAUUCUCCACCUGCUGGACAUUCCCCCGAUGAUGGGUGUGCUCGAGGGUGUCGUCAUGGAAUUGGCCGACAGUGCCUUGCCACUACUGGCCGGUGUCGUUCCAACGGCUGAUCCAGCGGUUGCAUUCAAGGACGUGGCCGCUGCCUUCCUGGUUGGUGCUAUGCCCCGGAAGCAGGGCAUGGAGCGCAAGGAUCUACUCUCGGCCAAUGUGAAAAUCUUCAAGGUUCAGGGCGAAGCAUUGAACAAUUACGCUAAGAAGGACGUCAAGGUGCUGGUGGUCGGAAACCCAGCCAACACAAACGCACUGGUCUGCUCACACUAUGCGCCUUCGAUCCCGAAAGAGAACUUCACCGCAAUGACCCGGUUGGACCAGAACCGUGCCCAGGCCCAGAUUGCCGCCCGUCUCGGGGUAGGCAUUUCCAAGGUGAAGAACGUUAUCAUCUGGGGUAACCACUCGUCCACCCAGUACCCGGACGCGAAAAAUGCCACCGUCGAGCUGGAUGGAGCCCAGAAGAGUGUGGUUGAGGCUGUUGCCAACAAUAGCUACCUGAACGAGGAAUUUGUUGAAAUCGUACAGAAGCGGGGUGCAGCCGUUAUUAAUGCCAGGAAGAUGUCCUCAGCGAUGUCUGCGGCCAAGGCUGCGAGUGACCAUAUGCGCGACUGGUUCGCUGGCACCAAGGAUGGUGAGUAUGUGUCGAUGGGGGUCGUUUCCGAUGGCAGCUAUGGAACUCCCAAGGACAUCGUGUUCUCCUUCCCGGUGCACAUCAAAAGCGGAAAGUGGGAAAUCGUACAGGGGCUCAGCGUCGAUGAUUUCGCUCGUGGCAAGCUGGACGUGACGGCCAAGGAGCUGCUGGAGGAAAAGGAAGAGGCCAUGGCUGUGUGUGCCUCGGAUUGACUAACUAAAUUGUAAAACGGAACGUUUGUUGGAACAUGAAGAAUUAAGCAUUUGUUUGUUACGCAUAUUUUUAAUUUUGUUUCUCCAAAAAUUUUGUUUUGCAUUUUACAUUGCACUCACCAUUGUAGCAAUUAGAAAAAAGUACACUAAAAAAAGAAGAUAUUAUCACAUCUAUUGAAAAUUGUGAACAGAAUUGAUAGAAAAAUGUGUGCCCUAUAGAACAAUUUGUGCGAGGGGAAAACUCAACUGAAGGCUUACUUCUCGUGUUGUUAUUGUUUAUGCCUUGUCCGAUUUGAUGCAAAUGGAUACAAUUUAGAUGAAGAGAAA